GUUGUAUAUGUAACAGCCACAUUCCCCUAUAUCAUGUUGAUGAUUCUCCUGAUUCGUGGAGUAACAUUACCAGGUGCUUCCGAGGGGAUAAAAUUCUACUUGUACCCUGACCUUUCUCGACUGUCUGACCCACAGGUGUGGGUGGAUGCUGGCACACAGAUCUUUUUCUCUUAUGCGAUCUGCUUGGGGUGCUUGACAGCCCUGGGAAGUUACAACAACUAUAAUAACAACUGCUACAGAGACUGCAUCAUGCUCUGCUGCUUGAACAGUGGCACAAGCUUUGUUGCUGGUUUUGCUAUCUUUUCAGUUCUUGGAUUUAUGGCUUAUGAACAAGGCGUGCCCAUUGCAGAAGUUGCAGAAUCAGGACCAGGACUUGCAUUCAUUGCUUACCCUAAAGCUGUUACCAUGAUGCCUCUUUCUCCUUUGUGGGCAACUCUGUUCUUCAUGAUGCUCAUAUUCCUUGGAUUAGAUAGUCAGUUUGUGUGUGUUGAAAGCCUUGUGACAGCUGUUGUAGAUAUGUACCCAAAGAUUUUCCGAAGGGGCUACAGAAGAGAACUGUUGAUUCUCAGCCUUUCCAUUGUGUCAUACUUCAUUGGCCUGAUAAUGUUAACUGAGGGUGGGAUGUACGUUUUUCAGUUAUUUGACUCUUAUGCAGCUAGUGGCAUGUGCCUUCUUUUUGUUGCCAUAUUUGAAUGUGUCUGCAUAGGCUGGGUUUAUGGCAGCAAUCGCUUUUAUGAUAACAUUGAAGAUAUGAUUGGGUACAAACCACUGUCAUUGAUUAAAUGGUGCUGGAUGGUCUUAACUCCAGGUAUUUGUGCAGGAAUCUUCAUCUUUUUCCUGGUGAAAUACAAGCCUUUGAAAUACAACAAUGUAUAUAUAUACCCUGACUGGGGCUAUGGCAUAGGGUGGAUGAUGGCGCUCUCUUCCAUGAUCUGUAUCCCUUUGUGGAUCUGCAUUAAGCUGUGGAAGACAGAAGGCACUUUCAUAGAGAAAUUCAGGAAGCUGAUUACACCUAGCUCAGAUCUGAAAAUGAGAGGGAAACUUGGAGGAGGAGCCUACAUUGCAGCAAUAAAUGACUGCGAUGCCAAACUGAAAGGAGAUGGCACCAUUUCAACCAUUACAGAAAAGGAGACACAUUUCUGAAAGAACUAUCUUUUUUGUUUUAUUUUUUGUAAAAAUAAAUAAAUAAAUUCACUUAAUUAUAGAGGCUGGCUUGUUUUGCACAAAAUUUUAUUAACCAUUUAAUUUUAAAGUGAAAAUUGUAUACUUGUUUAAAAGUGAUUUUUUUAAAUUACUAUAUAAGUAAUGAUUAUGUAAAAGAAAAAGAAAUAGUAUUAUAUGGUAUGUUAGUGGUGACUUCUUGUAAUAUGGUGAUUUCAGUAAAUGUUUUUUUAGAAGUUAGAGGGACCUGUAUAAUGUGCUGUAAAACUUUUCUACUUUGAUUUCUGGCAGGUGUAAUGUAUAGAUAUAUGCAUUCUAAUCUGUAAGCAUUUCAGACCAUUUCAGCUUUUAAUGUAUGUAUAUAAAGGGGACCA